UUUGACACCUAAAUCAAAAUAAACAAAAACUUGGCCUAAAAAUUUAAACAAAUAUAUGACAGCACUAAAAAACUGAGAAAAUUAAUUGAUUAUAAAGACCUUAUUGACAAAUAUUAAUAACAUUUCAUAUUUUAGUAUAAGAUGAUUUGAAUGAUGCAGGUAGUCCGUUUUGUAGCUGCUAUCUUCUUGAUUGUUCCUACCUUAUGUGUACUGCCUGAUGAUGAUAACAGCUGCCAUCAUAUUUGCUUCCACCAACCUCAAGAGGCUUGUCCUCCGUUAAAUCACACGUGCAGAUGUCAACAGCUACCGAACUGUAGAAGGGCCGCUAUUUGUUGCAAUGUAAAUAAGUUUACCCUAAAUGAAGGAUUGGCUUGCGGAAAUAUUGGCUCAGAUGGUCAAGUAGAGGCUCUCCAUAUCCGCAAUGCCACCCUAGAGGUACUAAAUUUGUCUCAACCUGUAUGGAGAAGACUGAAGAGACUCCGCUACAUGACAAUUUCUGAUGGACAGAUAGGGGAGGUGGCCGGGGAAUUUGCAAGACAUGCGUCUGUCUCUUGCUUAAAUUUGUCUUCUAACAGCAUUAGCAAGUUUGAAGAAAGGUCUUUGGUGAAUUUAUACAAUUUAAGUUUUCUGGACUUGUCGAAUAAUAAUUUGUCAGCCAUCCCAAGGUUCAGGAUGGAGGGAAAUGUCACACUAGAUGUAUCUGACAAUGGGCAAAUGGCCUGCAGUAAUUUAAAAAGUGCCUUGAGACCAGAAGUGUCCUUUGUUAAUGAAAACCAGACGUUUUGUGAGACAUCUAAAGACUUUGAAUGGUUCCAAAGCACUGAGAAGCUGCCUUUAUCUCAAGUGAUAGCAGAUCAUGAGCUACAAAAAAAUUGCUACCAUAACUGUACUUGCAAGACUUACAGACUGAACUUGGUGCCUGGGAAACUUCCCUCUUUUGAAGUAGAAAUGAACUGUUCCGGUAAACAGUUUCAAUUUCUGCCCGUGCCACUCCCCGACAACACGAUAUCUUUGGAUGUGUCCGGUAACAACAUAACCUCAAUAAAGGAACUGAGCGAGCCUUCGUACCAAAAUCUCAGACAUUUUUACGCUGAUAACAAUCAGAUUUCUUCAAUUCAGCCGCUCGAAGGUACCAAGUUUAUUGGCAACUUCGACACUCUGAGUCUGAGAAACAACAAGAUUAAGAUGCUCGAGACUUAUUUGUUAGACAACAUACAGUUUGAAAGGAACUUUAAUCAGAGGAAGGUCAAUUUAGGAAUGAACAGCUUAGUUUGUGACUGUAAUACAAUGAAAUUAAAAGUGUGGCUACUGUCCAAACUGAGCCACAUUCCCGACCACGAUCAGAUCCAAUGCGAGAACAUGAACUCCAAGGUGACGGAGCUGGACGCUUCGAAACUCUGUCAAAGUCCCCAAGACUGGACCGAUUACAUAUACUACAUAAUAACCGGCGAGGUGUUAUUACUAGUCAGCCUUAUAGCCAAAGUGUCUUACGAUUAUUGGGUCUUUAAAACGGCUGGGUAUCUGCCUUGGCCUGCGAGCAAAAUGCCCCGGUUGCCCUGCGACUGGUUGUGCGAAUAGAUCCUUAUUUUUUACGUAUGCUUACAGGGGGACAUCCAAAAACAUUAUUUUUUCAUUGUUAUAUAGUUAAAAUAUCGCGCAUGCCUUGUCAUCAAAUGGACGCUAAGUGCCUUGUUUCUUGCCUAUUUUUGUAUGCAUAUACUAUAUUAUAGGUGUGAGAUCAUUAUUCAUUUCUUUUUAUUUUGCAGCAUUCAUUCUUGUAGAUUGGUUUGAUUUUGAUACUUUUAACCAAUGAGUAAAACCACACCAUUACUUAUGAUGGAAAAUUGAUCCCCCCGAACGAUUUUUUCAAAUUUUGAUUUUAACAUUUUUGUUUAUAGUGAAAAUUUUAAGCACUUUUAAUUAAAAAACGGAUUAAAAAUCAACCGUAAGAGGCAAAUUUAUAAAACUUUCAGCACCCAUGGUCAAAUGUCUAUGCUUUAAGAAUAUAUUAACCACUUAAAAUUGUUUGUUUAUUUUCGUAUUAUUAACUAACUUUUAAGUUAAUAAAUGAAAAUUUUACCGAUUUCUUCGUAAAAAAAAUAUGUUUUUUUUAUCGGUCACAUGCUUUAUAUAUUUAAGUUUAAGAAUCCGGAAGAAAAUUUCACAGCUCGUCAUUUUAGUUUAA